ACUCUUAUCACCAAACAUGACGUCAUCUUCAUAAAAUUGAUUAAAAAGUUGACACUGAACGCACAAACACAGACACAGAAACCAAACCAAACCCAAACCAAUCCUCACAUUUCCACGCAAACCAACAAAAUGGCCACCACUCUCUCGGUCCGGCCCAACUGCGCCCUCCUCGGCCGGGAACCGGCCGGUCCGGUCCGGUCACGGCGGCCUGAGCUAGGUCAGAUUGGGAGGAUAGCGACGAUGAUCAAGUCCGACCGGUGGUGGUUGGGGGUGGUCUCCGCCCCCCUCCGCCGCGCAUUUCCGACGGUCCUCCUCGCCGGUUCUUCCAGAGCCGACGACUCUGCCCCGUUCGAGAUGUCCGUGGAGAACGCUCUGAAGCUUCUCGGUGUCUCGGAGGGGGCUUCUUUCGAUGAUAUUCUUCGAGCCAAGAAUUCGAUUAUCGCUGCUUGUAAGGACGACCAAGAGACAAUAUCUCAGGUAGAGGCUGCAUAUGAUAUGUUGCUUUUGCAAAGCUUGUCACAGCGUCGAGCUGGCAAAGUUGUUAAUAGCAGCAUCCGUUAUGCUGAUGUUAAACCUGUAAAAGCUCCCGGGAUGGGAUCAAUGCCUCAGUGGCUGCAAGCAACGGUUAAGAAUUCACCUGUUUCAUUUGAAAUGCCAAAUACUGGUGACUUGGGCAUACAAGCAGGUGUAUAUGGAGCCCUAAUGGUCUUAAAUUACGUCAGUGGAGCUUCUACAUCUUCCACAGUGCCCUCUACUGGUGCUGAUGUUCCUGGUCUGAUCUUGGCCACUAGUUUUGGUGCAUCCUUAUACUUCAUGACUAGAAAGAACGUUAAGUUAGGGAAGGCAACUUUAAUUACCAUAGGGGGACUUGUAGCUGGUGCUGUGGUGGGUUCAGUGGUUGAGAACUGGUUGCAGGUGGAUAUUGUCCCAUUUUUUGGCAUACACUCCCCUGCUGUUGUAGUUAGUGAAUUUAUACUCUUCUCUCAAUUUUUGGUUUCGUUGUACGUGAGAUAGGAUAAGUGAAAAUUGUGAUCAUGACUCGAAUCACUAGUCCUGUAAUUAUUCAUUUGCAUGAUCAUAAUUGUGUAUCCUUCAAAUGUGUAUCAUCACAUAUAUUGUAUAAAUGGAAUGUUGUAGAAUUCAAUCCAUUCAAGAAAGUUGCUUUUAUGGGUUAGUUGAUA